UCACUAUGUUCCUCUCAACGCUUCUACUUUGUACCCUUUUUUCUUUGAGUGCUCAAAGAGAUGUUAAAAUUGUUGGAGGGACUGAAGUCAAAGAUAGGUCUCAAUUCGCCUAUCAGGCACUUCUUUUGUAUUAUGGUGGCCCUUACUGUGGAGGAACAAUAAUUGACAAAAAAUACAUUCUAACAGCUGGGCAUUGCUGUUACUACAGGGAACAAGAAAUGCUACCUUCUGAUGUCGAGGUGGUUGUUGGUAAUUUGAAUUUAACGGAUCGACAAAUUGUUAAAAGUGUGAAAGCAAUUCACAUUCAUGAAGAAUUUAACAUGGACACUCUUGACAAUGAUUUGGCCAUAUUUGAGUUGACUGAACCUUUCGAAAAUUGGACUGAAACUGUAUCACCAAUUGAAUUAAAUAAAGAGCACGUGACCAGUGGUGACUGUAUUGCGUCAGGCUGGGGAACAACAUUUUCUGGUUCUAAGCAAAUGAGCUCAAAACUUUUAUAUGUGAGUGUUCCUGUUAUUGACUGGGCGGCGUGUUAUGAGUUUUACGGUGCUCAAAAUAUCCAUGUGAAUAAUAAGUCGAUUUGUGCAGGGGCUCUUGAGAAGGAUUCUUGCCAGGGAGAUUCUGGUGGCCCUUUUGUCUGCCAGAAUAAGCUAACAGGAGUUGUUUCUUAUGGCAUAGGAUGCGGUUAUGAAAAUUUUCCCGGAGUUUACGUUGAAGUGGCGAAAUAUUCCGAUUGGCUGAAAAAUUACACGUCGUCUUCGACGUCUUUAAAAUUAGCGACUUUUUGUCUCGUGACUUAUUUUGUAACAUUAAUAAAUGUGUAAAUAUUU